CGAAAGUUCAAAACCAAAAAAAAACAUUGCCUUCUUUCAUUGUUGUCAAUCGUUGUUUUCGAGGAUCUAUGCAGUUCCGUGUUCAUAACCUGCGUUUCUUCAGUUUAAUUUGAACUUGUAACUGUUUUAACGGUGUAACUAGAUUUAAAUAGAAGGUGCGAGCCAAAAACACUUUAUAAUCCUUCUGCCAUUUGUGCUAAACGGACGGUGAACGUGACUCGCGAGUGCACACCGCUUCUUCAUUUCAAAAUCUCUUUGUUCGUUGGAGCACCCCGUGACGAUCAACAAAACAAACUUUUCCCGACAAUGGAAGUUGAAAACAUAUCCACUGAAAUCCGCUGCCAAGAGAUGUCGAAGGGCGGCCUAGCAUACGAGGUGAUCCUCGCGGAGCCGGUCGGCGUGCCAGUGCCUCGCCGCGCUGACUCGCCCGAGAAGACGCCGUCCGUCGAGGAAAUCCAAGAGAAACUGAAGGCGGCCGAGGAGAGGAGACGCAGUUUGGAAGCCAGCAGAAUGGCAGCGAUUGCCCAGAAGAUGCAUAAGAUUGAGGAGGCGUCUCGCAUCAGGAGCGAACAGACAAAUAACUUCAUCUCCACGACAAAGGAGGCGCUCGAUGCCAAGAUGGACUCCCACGAGGAGAAACGCGAGGCGUAUAUCAAUGAGCUGCGUGCUCGUCUCAAGGACCAUCUUGAAGGAGUCGAAAAGACCAGGUUGACCCUGGAGCAGCAGACGGCUGAGGUAUACAAGGCGAUUGAGGACAAAAUGAACACAGCGGCCGACAAACGCGACGAGAACAUCAAGAAGAUGCUCGAGCGUCUCCGGGAACACGAGGAGCAAGUGCGCAAAGUGCGAGCGGGCAACCAGGAGAAAUUCCAACAGCUGGAGAGCGCGAUCCAGGACAAGCUGCAGCAGGCCGCCGACCGCCGCCUGCAACUCGAGGCCGAGCAGAGGGAGAAGCUGCGCAACCACAACAAUAAGCUACUGGAAGUGCGAUCGUCCAUCACGGCCAAGAUGGAGGAAAUCACCAAAGACAUUGAGAACAAAUUGACUGCCGCAGAGCAGAAGAGGGAAUUGGAGAUACAAAAGAAAUUGGACUUCGUUAAGAAAGAGGAGAGACGCGCAGAAAUGGUGCGACAGAACAAGAGCGCACGCGCCGAAAGUGAGGCCCCCCUCUCCGGCUAGACGCCCCGCCCCGCACCGCGCCGCACCGCUCCGCCGAACACUAGCGAGCACGCGAACGCGCCCGAGCACGCGAACACGCAGACACAAACAAGUAGACCGAGAAACCUAUACAGCCAGCGCUAAAAAUCCCAUUUCUGAAGAUAGAUAGAUUGAAUCUUCAGAAAAAAAAUUAAGAAAAACAUUUUUUUUAAGCGUCGUAAUUGUUUUUGACUUAAGCAUCAACUAUUAGUGUCUAUCUCUUUCUGUCUUAUAUAAGUAAGCCAGUACUGUAUAGGUUUCUCGGUCUACGCCCGACGACGCACUGACGCCAUGCCAUAAACAAUGAUCUCAGUCUUUCUUAUUUUGCGGAAGCGUGGUUAUGUCGGGACGCCAAUGGACGCUCAUUAGAAUAUUUUGUCGUGGUCGUUAAUUAAUUAUUAAUAUUGAUUACCGAUUUUGUUGUGAUGUGGCAACAGUGAUUACCAAUUUUGUUGUGUCAUGGCAAAAUUGAUUACCAUUUGUACUGUGUCAUGGCAACAUUGACUACCAAUGUUGGAGUAACGUGGCGACAGUGAUUACCAAUUUUAUUGUGUCGUGGCAAUAUUGUUUACCAACGUUUCAAUAUAGUUUGAUCAGUGCUUUCCAAUUUUGUUUUACAUCGAUUACUAAUUUUGCUAUGAUACAACAUUAUCACGCAUGAUUGUUGAAGUACACUUGUUCCAUGUUAAGCAAUGAUCUCGAAUAAAGUGCGUAGGUGAUUCUUUAUUUGUACGGAAGUAACGAGAUUUAGCUAUUUUUUUGUUCGGCUGGCUUUUUAAUGUGCGGCGCAAAUCGUCAGGCGGAGUUGAAACACCAAAAAAUAAGACAUAUUAUUAAUAAAAAUAUCAACAUCUUUAUAUUAAAAAAAGAAAAUGUAACGCUUUGUGUCAGUGUUACAUGUUGCGGUUGGGUUAUGGAAAAACACCGAAAAUUCCCCUCAAGCUUAAAGUUGAUUUUGAAAAUUUCAUUUCUAGGUGUUUUAUAAUUUUUUUUUUACCUAAACAAUGGCAAUAUCGCUAAAUGUCACUUACCAUGGCCUAUUGUUAGAAAAAAUUAAAUUGGUCUUAAGAUGUGGUGUUACGAAUUCCCACUUUUAGUAAUUUUGAGUAAGGUUGAAUUACUGAAAGUUGGACGGAGGUCGUUUAAAGGCUUGGGGUUCCGUACUGCAAAUUAAAAAAAACUAAAGCUUCGAUAUUAACUUUUCAAAUGUGACGGAACCCAGUUCGAAGUGUAUUUUUUUACUAUGGGAGGGAAGGUUGAGGGAUUUAAUUAAUUCCUAAUCGUUAGUUAUAGUGUAAUAUCAUUAUUUUUAAUGUUUAACAUAACGCAACAGUAUUUUAGGGAAGUAUAAUCUAAAUUUAAGUUCUCUCAUAGUAUCAUCACUUGCUAUAGACUGUCAGUAAAUGUAUUUUGAAUGAUUUUUUUAAAUAUUUCCAUAGAAUAAGUUUGUCGCGAGUCGUUUGUGAUGCGUCGGUAUUGUUCAUUCGAUGGAUGCUUUGCCCGGUUAUAAGCAAGCUUAGCACUACAAGCGCCUUGAUUAUUAUCUAUGCUGUAUUGUGACAACAGUGAUUACCUAUGUUGUUGUAUCACAAUACCAUUGAUUACCAACGGUGUUGUAUAGUGACAAUAUUGAUUUGUGUUGUUUAUGUCAUGACAUAAUUGAUUACCAACAUAAUUGUGAUGGCAGCAUUGAUUACCAAUUUAACUGUAUUGAAAAAACAGUGAUUACCAAAGUUGUUGUUUCAUGAAUGAUAGAAAUGGUAGCAAAAACAACUAAUGAAUUAGAAUAAACGACCAAAUUUUUCUCGUGUUAGAUUAAAAAUAAUAAAAAAAACGUGUGAAUUAUUAAAAAUAUUAAAUUAAUAGGUGUUUGUAGUGUUAAAGCUAUGUAUUUGCCUAACGUCAGAUCUAGUCCACGUUUAAAUUGUCACUCAUACACUUAUUAUGAUCUCAAAAACAAGCACAAUGAUGAAACAAUAGUUAGGUCGAUAGCAGAAGUGCCUAGAAGUCCGUGUAUCGCGCGCGGACAAUAUCACUAAAUGUAUGUAACGCGUGAAACUGCCUUUAUAGCGUUUUAUAUUUUUUUUAAACGUAGGAAAAUGAUGGCCGUCGCUGGCUUACGCUGCAACGCUUGCGUAUCACACAAAUUGACAUUCAAAUGUGAACUUAGUUUUGUACUAACGGUACAUUUAUUAACGAACAACUAGUCAUUUGCCGUUACCUAAAGUUGCCUUAAAAGUUGUUGGCAUAUACAUAACCAAAUCUCAUAGGAUGUGAUCAUGUUGCCCGGGCAUUAUGAAUAAUACUGGUUAGUAUAUAAUCAUUUCUACUGAAAACCAGUUGAAAGUACACAUUUGAAUGAUCAGCUAUAUACCCUGUACUGUUCACACAGUGUAUAGCACAGUGUAUGUAAUACAUUACGUGUGUCCAGUAUCUGUACUGUAAGUGGCGCGGCGUUGGCCAGCGUUGGACUAGGCACCGGGCCGCGGGUUGGUGUUGGACACAAACUGCUUCUGUGAUGUUUUGCUCUAGUGAUAUCGUAUUGAUUGAUUAUUCAGUUAGGCACAAAUUAUAUCGAUACAUAUAGCACCGCUUAGCUUAUAUACAGUUUAGAAACGAAUCUAUAACCACAGAUAAGAAAUAAAAUAAUAGCGUCACCUUUACGUGGCUUGGGGAAUAUGAAAAUUCAAACAAACUAAAAAAAAGAUAAAGGCACAGUAGCAUAAUUCAAGGAGUGGAUCGAAUGGAUUGAAAUCCGAAAGGUCCAUGGUUCAGAGUUCAAACCCGUUCCGUAUUUGUUGCAAGAGAAGCUAUAUCUACGCUUAAAUGGUGGAGAAAGGGGAUAUUGGUCAUUUUAAAUAUGGCUUUUAACAGGGUGAACUACUAUACUUACUUCUUAUUGAAAUCUUAAUCCAACUAUUGCGUGAAACACAAUAGUUACAUUGAGAAUUCAAUAAAGAUGACCUCUACUAAUCUCUCGCAAAUACAGUUUUAAACUAUCUAUAAAACAACAUGGUGGUCGCAAUGCCGUUUCCGAACUGUAUAAGAGCUAAGCUGUGGCAAUAGUUAAUUCGCGUCAGCGAGUCCACCAUACUGCGAUUCGAGCGAUCGAUUUUGUUGUCGAAUAAUAAAUCGAUUUUAAAUAUCGAGUCGCAGUAUGCCAGGACCUUAGUGGCUAGUUGAGUGGAAUGAGGGGUUUAAAGAUUAGUUAGACGAGUGGUGGUGAAGUUUAAAAUAUUUCUCCAUUUUUAUAGUCCAUUUUUUUCCAAUUCAAUUAUUAAAUAAUGUCAGUCUGUUUUUUGGUCGACGAUAUGAUAUGAUAAUAAUAAUAAUUGUAUAUAAUUAAUGUCUUAUUCACGUAGCAUGUUCAUUUUGGCAUUUUUUUCGUGCUAAAUGUAGGUAUUUACUGAUGUAGUAGAUGGAUGAUUACUUAUAAUAUAUGUACAAAUUUCAAAAUUGAUUUAUUUAAUUGGUUUCAAAUUAUAUUACAUCGAUUAUUUUUGAAUAAUUUAUGAAAUAAUAAUCGAUUUGUCAAAUAAUUGAGGCAUCCACAUUGAAAUAUCUCUCAUAUUCAGAAAAUUGACACUUUUACAGACCAGUCUCUUUCGUGCCUCCUUCAAGGUAUGUGAUACUGGUGAAGUGCAUUGUGCUGGUUUGGCACUACAAAAAGCCACCAAACAAGAAAAGAACAUGAUAAAUAAGCUCUACAGAUAAAUCGAUUUUGAAGUUCAUAUAAAUAUAGUUGGCAUUGUGUAAAAAAACGUACAGUCAGUGCAUACCUAUAUUAAACAUAUCAAAAAUGCCAUAAGGGAUGUUCGAUGUGAAGGGGAGUAUAAAUAAGAGACGAUUGUAUCUUGCUUGGCGGGGCGACGGGCGAGCUUGCCUGCUUCACUGUUACUAACGCUACUCGUAAAGUAAGGGAACUAGGUGUAAGUACUAGCUUGAAUCUGUAGCGGCGAGACGUGAACACCUCUGACCAAUUUGCCUUGGAUAUUGUGUAGCCUUUUAGACUCAAAGAUCGAGACAAAUCAUGUAUAGCGACGCCAACUUAUAGCUUUCUGAGACCCGACUGUUAAUUCUUGGGUGACCAAAAUGAAAAUCGUUACUAAAGUUAGUGUUUACCUGUCAAUUUACGACCUAUAAAGAAAGGUCUGCGCAGACAAGGAAUUAUGGUCAAGGAAAUCUGUGAACUUAAUAGUUCUUCGCCAUACUAUUUCUGUCAAUUUACUCAAGAAAUUGCACUCGAGUCUCUCAUGAUACCUAAUUAUUAACGUUUUAAUUCUAUUUUGUGUUCUUAUAUUUUAGUAACGUUAGUCACUGUUUAUCUUGUACGGUGUUACGAUAUGAUACGUUAAUUUUAUGUUUUGUGUAAUUAUUAUAUCGAUAUUGAUAAUGUGCUUCAGUUUGUGAGGUUAUGAAAUUGCUAAUUGAAGUGCAGGCAACUUUUGUAGUUUCAUUGUCGUAUUGAAUAAAGUCAUUAAUACUAAUAAA